AACCCGGACUCGUCAUCUCGCUCGUUCGUAUCGAGUAUAAAUUUUCUCACGAUCAUCGUAAUACGAGACGAAUGACACUUGCAUGAAAGUCGAUAAAUCGUUCAUGUUAAUAAUAAUUGACCAUCGAUUAUAUCGCGUAGAUUUCUUUCCGAAAUCGAAACCGUUGAUCGCGGGACGACGAUUUGAACCGGGAAUUUGAAAAGCGGAGAGCGAAAGAUAAAAAAAAAUAAAGUAAAACUGGAUAAUAAAAAAAUAAUUCAUUGCGCAGUGUGAGGUGUUGGAUCAACGUAUAAUUUACUCGCAGUUGUUCGUUUUUUUUUUUUUUUCGUUUCUUUUUUACAGCUAAUUGACGUAACACAGAAUUGCAGAACUUAAACAAUCGAGGAAGAAAAGUCUCUCUUAAAAACAGUCCGCGAAUAGAAUGAAAAUAGUAAUCGCAUGAUCGAGAAGUGGAUAAAAUUAAGAAUAUUCACGUGCGGAGAGUGAUAUAAGAUCAAAUAAGCAGAAACGAGUUAAGGAAGAUCGAAAGUCAAGUAAAGUGGAGAAAAACUAAGGAAGAGAAAGACAAAAAGCAAAAAAAGAAACCUACAAAUCGAAUAAAAAACCAUCGACGUAGAGACAGAAAGAAAUUGACUGGAAGUGAAAUGAUGAAAUCGAUGAAAUUGUUGUCCUCACUUUUGAUGGUUUACGGAGUGAUCGGAUUUCCGAAUCAACAGCAGAGCCAAGAGCCUCGGGAUGCUGCCGGAAAUGGGGUCGAGUUAAAACUGCAGGGAAUGAUAACCUCCUCCUCGCCGUCGCCCAACAACAACAACAACUCGGGGAAGUUUAACUCGACGAAGAGCGUCAUCGCGACAUCCUCGACGGCGUCCGCGUCGUCGUCGUCGGGAAAAAUGAAGUCUUCGUCGUCGACGACAUCCCUGCCGGAAACCAAGAAGAAGGUUCUCGUCUCAAAGAGCACCGAGCAUCCGAUUCCGGUGGCAAUUGAUCAGAUCGGCGUUACGACGGUUUCUACCGGAGUUAAAGAGACUCGCGGAUCGCUGAUUGGGAAAAUCAGACCGCAAAUAAAACUCACGACUAAUUACAGCAGCGCCAGUGAGACCGGCGUGAGACUCCCGGAAGGAGCUAGUGCGGCGGCACUGGCAAAGCCUACGAAGUAUCACUACUAUCCCCACAAUCAGCACAUAUAUCUGUUGCCCGAGUGCGCUGUGCAGCAAGUUUGCAACGCGGUAUACGUGCGGCUAAACUUUACUCAGCCUCUCUGCGCCUGCCCUGGACGCUACAGAGAUCCUUGCAGCGCUUCGCUCGACAGCGACGACCACCACACCACGGAACUGGUCACCGACCCUCGCACCAAGGCAUUAACGCUUGUAAAGACGUGUGAGCCGGUGGCUGAUAUGAGGGAAUGCAGAGCACCGAAAGACUGGUCUCUCCUCGCGUUGCAAAACGUGAGAACAGGAAAAUCCCAUUACCUCGUGAUAUGUCGGUGCCCAGACACCAAUAUCCUGGAAGGCCCUAUGAGCCACGAUCAGCCGAUGUACGCGAGUGUUCCCGGCAUCCGAGUAUACGGCAUGAUGUGCGUCCAGGGAAAUCGCAGAGGUCGCCCAUUGCGCUACACUCGCAGUUUACUGGACCUCAUGACAGAGGACGUUACUGUCUCAAAGCCAGUAUUUCCGUGGCACAAGGUUUCCGAGCUAAUGAAAGCUGCCUUGGAAGGUUGAUGAUGGCCGAUGCAAAGAACAUAUCUACAUCGCAUACAGCCAUAUAUUAUAUAAUAGUAAUACGAUGCCCUUUCCUCGUUGGAAAUUAAAUAACUGUUUAAAUUACCACGUUCAAUAUUUUUUUUUUUUCUGUUUUUUAUACUACACGGAAGCCGCGUGUUCGGAAUAAGAAAAACUUGUGGCGAUACAAGAAAGAGCAGGUUAUAAGGCGAUACCUAUAUAAUUUAUUUUUUCUCUCUUUCCCUUUCAUCAUUCACGCAAAUAUUUAUACACGUAUAGAUAUAAUAAUUCACGUUAUUUAUUUACGUCUCGUAUGUAAUAUCAUAUAAUUAUAUAUAAUUAUCAAGAAGGUAGUUUUUAGUACAAGUAUUAGUUAUAGGCGUGACAUGCGGUGGAAAGGCGACGUCUCGGCGCAUCCACAAUUAUAGGAAAGAAAAAAAAAGAGAAAAAGAAAAGAAAAAGAAUAAAAAAAAACUCGACACGGAACAACGACCCUUUCUCCUCCUCUCCUUUACCCUGUAUCCGUUUUCCCCUCCGUUCCCUUAGUCACGCUAAUUAAUCAUUAGCCGCGUAAUUGACCGGGGAUAAUAUUUUAACGCGUUAUGUAUUAUGGACGGCGAUCUUUAAGAUUAACGCGGGGUCGUCGUGGCUGGCAGAAUGGAAAUAAUUUACGGCAGCAAGAAGGCAUCGCGAAGCUUCGAGAUACAUAUAGGGUCACUGAUCGCAGAUGCCUGCAUAGGUGCUGCGGCAUAACUGCAGAGCCUUAACGAUCCCUCGAACAAAGCGCCUCGAUAUUCUGAUCGGUCAUGCUUCCGAUGCAUCUAGGCAUUAUGGCGUAGGUAAGGAAAUGUUAUUUGUUUAAGAUUUUGCCCGAAGGAUUGCAUUCGAUCAUUACAAUGCGCACGAUCAUCUGCGCCGAAAGGAAUUGAGACUUGAUCACGAGAUUGAAUACUUGGCGCGAGACUCGAGCGAGCUUUUUUAUUCAACGCUGUACAGUUCAAAUCGAAGGUUAGGAAAAGAAGAAAAACCGUUAAAAAAAAACUGCAGCAAUGUUAUAUAUACUUGCGCCAAUGAUGACGGACGUGAAUAAAAUAAUAUUUUCACUGUGUGGAAGAAAUGAUUCAGAGAAAAUUCGACAACACGCAAGCUAAUGCAUCAACGAUCUGAGAAAAUAUUCUAUAAUUGGAAAGUUGAGAGUGGACGUUCUCUGAUUGUUUUCAUCAGAUUUUAACGUUUUGAACUUAUUUUUCUUCCUAACCAGAUCGAUCUCACUUUACAGAUGUUUCCAAAAUUUUGUUCAAUUGAUCUCGGAAGAUCCUUAUGAUAAAAAAAAUUAGCGUAAAACCGUUAUAAUUGGUUCAAAAGCGCCAGACUCCAGUAAAUUUCAAAGUUCUUUUUUCUGUCUUUUCCCAACUUUUGAUUAUUUGAUAUUUCAGUCAACCCGGCCGAUUCAUCCUCAAUCUAUGCCCUAUUCCUAUUGCGAAUGUUCAUUAAACGCAUAAUAUUUAUUAUCAUCGUAUACUCACUCAUCUGUCAAGCAUAAUUAUAGCGAUGACGAUGUUUAAACAAAUAUUUUCACUAUUCCCUACUACUAUUAAUUAUUGUACUUUAACGUAUAUGAAUUUAUGUAUCCUGAUAGCUGUAACUUGUAGCUCUGAUAUCACAAUUGAGGAACAAGAAAGAAAAAAACAUUAAUUCAAGAGUAUAAUUGUCAUAUUUGUAAA